AACAAGAAUUGGAAAGGGCGGUUCACACGGAGCUGUUUAUUUUCCAGCCCGAGGUCUUCCAGACAAUUGAUGAUCUGUAUUGAAAAGAUCUCUGUGUCAUUUAUAGCAGCCAGCAGAGAUAAAUAAUGCCUCUUUGCUGGACUUACCACCGGGACUGCCAGCUCGGGCUCCUCAGGCCAGCUCACAACUGGGCUGAGAGAGAUGUCAGCCCCAGGAAGGAACUUGGAUGCCUUGGGGAUUGAUGCCUUGGAAAUUUUCUCCGGAGAGGGUGCAGGGUCUGGGAUAGGGGAGGAGAAAGGACUUCCGUUAGGUUAAAGCCUGUGUACAUAUGGCUGUGGGCACCGACAAGCUCACUAGAAUAAGCCAAUGACAUUUCUCCUUUGGCCCGAGCAGCUCAGAGUCAGGAAGCCAGAAAAUCCAGCAGCUCUCCGAGGGCUCCAUGUUUGGCCACGGCCUGAAGCACCUGUUUCACAGCCGCCGCAGGUCACGGGAGAGGGAGCACCAAGUGUCUCAGGAGGCCCAGCAACAGCAGCAACAGCAGGGCCUAUCCGAUCAGGACUCCCCAGAUGAGAAGGAACGCUCCCCGGAGAUGCACCGCGUCUCCUAUGCUGUGUCCCUGCACGACCUGCCUGCCCGACCUACUGCUUUCAACCGGGUGUUACAGCAGAUCCGUUCCAGGCCCUCCAUCAAGCGGGGUGCCAGCCUGCACAGCAGCGGUGGGAGCAGUGGCCGUCGUGCCAAGAGCAGCUCCUUGGAGCCACAGCGUGGCAGUCCACACCUGCUUCGGAAGGGACCCCAGGACAGCAGCCUGGCCGCCAUCCUGCACCAGCACCAGGGCCGACCGCGUUCCUCCUCUACUACUGACACUGCCUUGCUCCUGGCUGAUGGUAGCAAUACAUACCUCCUGGCUGAGGAGGCCGAGGGCAUCGGGGACAAGGGUGACAAGGGAGAUCUUGUGGCCCUGAGCCUCCCCUCUGGCCCUGGCCACGGUGACACUGAUGGGCCCAUCAGCCUGGACGUGCCAGAUGGAGCGCCCGACCCCCAGCGGACUAAGGCUGCCAUUGAGCACCUGCACCAAAAGAUCCUGAAGAUCACCGAGCAGAUCAAGAUCGAGCAGGAGGCCCGGGACGAUAAUGUGGCAGAGUACCUGAAGCUGGCCAACAACGCCGACAAGCAGCAGGUGUCACGCAUCAAGCAGGUGUUUGAAAAGAAGAACCAGAAGUCAGCCCAGACCAUUGCCCAGCUGCACAAGAAGCUGGAGCACUACCGCCGGCGCCUGAAGGAGAUAGAGCAGAAUGGGCCCUCGCGGCAGCCCAAGGAUGUGCUCCGCGAUAUGCAGCAAGGGCUGAAGGAUGUGGGCGCCAACGUGCGCGCUGGCAUCAGUGGCUUUGGGGGUGGAGUGGUGGAGGGUGUCAAGGGCAGUCUUUCCGGCCUCUCGCAAGCCACCCACACUGCAGUAGUGUCCAAACCCCGGGAGUUUGCCAGUCUCAUUCGCAACAAGUUCGGCAGCGCCGACAACAUUGCCCACCUGAAGGAUCCCAUGGAAGACGGGCCCCCUGAAGAGGCAGCACGGGCCCUGAGUGGCAGUGCCACAUUAGUGUCCAGCCCUAAGUACGGCAGUGACGAUGAAUGCUCCAGUGCCAGUGCCAGCUCAGCUGGGGCAGGCAGCAACUCUGGGGCUGGGCCAGGAGGUGCACUGGGGAGCCCUAGAUCCAACACUCUUUAUGGUGCCCCAGGAAACCUGGACACUCUGCUGGAGGAGCUGCGGGAGAUAAAGGAAGGCCAGUCACACCUGGAGGAUUCCAUGGAGGACCUGAAGACUCAGCUGCAGAGGGACUACACCUACAUGACCCAGUGCCUGCAGGAAGAGCGCUACAGGUAUGAGAGGUUGGAGGAGCAGCUGAAUGACCUUACUGAGCUUCACCAGAAUGAGAUGACCAACCUUAAGCAGGAGCUUGCCAGCAUGGAGGAAAAGGUGGCCUACCAGUCCUACGAGAGGGCCCGAGAUAUUCAGGAGGCUGUGGAGUCCUGCCUGACCCGUGUCACCAAGCUGGAGCUGCAGCAGCAGCAGCAGCAGGUGGUACAGUUAGAAGGUGUGGAGAAUGCCAACGCGCGGGCUCUGCUGGGCAAGUUCAUCAAUGUGAUCCUGGCACUCAUGGCCGUGCUGCUGGUGUUUGUGUCCACCAUUGCCAACUUCAUCACACCCCUCAUGAAGACACGCCUCCGUAUCACCAGCACCGCCCUCGUGCUCCUUGUCCUCUUCCUGCUCUGGAAACACUGGGACUCGCUCACCUACCUCCUGGAGCACGUGCUGCUGCCCAGCUGAGCAGCUGCCGGCCCACCAUGUGCUCUCCGGAUUCUACUGGCCACAUCUCCAGGAGGGUCGGGAACUCCGAGUCCCUUGGAUUUUGUCAUGUGUCCUGUUUGGCCCCCAGCUGUCCCUUCUCUGCACUGCUUCUGUCUGACACCAUCUCCCUUUCAGCCUGAGGGCUGCUGAGAGGGUGGGGUGGGCUGGGCUGGAGUAGCGACACUCACAGCCAAGUGGAGCAAGGGCACCAGGGCUGCAUUAUUUGAAUUAUUUACAGUCACAUGGGACUUUUCUGAACUGACCGGAGGAUGUCCUAGUCAUGAAGGCCACUAAGAUAGAAGGCCAGUCUGGAUUUCUCUAAGGAAGAGCCCACCCUGGAGGCAGCCAUAGUUGUCCUCCUCUGGAGAUGGAUAAAAGCCAGUGGGAGGCUUGGGGCCAGAUGGCAGGCUUGGCACAGCCACUGGGAGCUCAGCUUCCCCUUCUCCUGCUCCUCUUCCCACCAAGCUGGUUUGAGACUGGUUUCUAGAGGCUGGGUGGGGUGUGGCUUUGAAUUUGUGUUUUCUCUCAUCAUCUUUCUGCCUGUCACUGGGUGUGCUGUUUUCUGAAAAAUGGGCCUCAAGGGUCCUGAGCCUUCAGCCCAAACCCUUAGGCCUCUGAGAUCAAGUUGAGGUCUAUUUAUUUAUUUGUUUACUUAUUUAUUUGUUUCUACCUUUCCCUCACUUCCUCCCAGCUGGGCUCCAGGGAGAGGACCCUGCUCAUCCUCCCCCUGAAGCCAGGGCUUGUUCUCAGUUCAUCACGCUCCAGACUGUGUAUCAUCUGGUGUUCUCGGCUGGAAAAAGGGGUGUGCGGUCCCAAGCAGCCCCACCAGAUGGCAGGAGGACCAUGGCCUAUGUUAUAUACAUCUAUUUAUUUUAUGUGUGUCUUUGGGGAAGAGGAUGUUUGUUGACUUAUUUCUUUAAGGCUUUGGAGUGUUAUGUUCAGUUCUGUACAGCCCAGCCUCCCCAUGGGCCCUUCCAAGCACAGCGGGGAUUUCUCUGAAUAGGAGAGAGGAAUCCAUGAAGCAGGAGAAGCAGUGCCUGCCAGCUGUGGUGGACCUUCCUGAGAAAUAAAUAUCCUCUACGUUUUCAAACCA